AUGGAAGGGGGCAGCAACAGCUCCUCAGAGCGCUUCAUUCUGAUGGGUCUCUCUGACCAUCCCCAGCUGGAGAUGAUCUUUUUCAUAAUCAUUCUCUUCUCUUAUAUGCUGACCCUUGUUGGGAACUCAACUAUCAUCCUGCUUUCCCGCCUUGAUGCCCGGCUACACACACCCAUGUACUUUUUCCUCAGCAACCUCUCCUCCCUGGACCUCGCCUUUACUACCAGCUCAGUCCCCCAAAUGCUGAUCAAUUUAUGGGGCCCAGACAAGUCCAUCAGCUAUGGUGGCUGUGUGACCCAACUCUAUGUCUUCCUUUGGUUGGGGGCUACUGAGUGCAUCCUACUUGUGGUGAUGGCAUUUGACCGCUAUGUGGCAGUUUGCCGGCCCCUGCACUACACAACCAUUAUGAAUCCUCGGCUCUGCUGGCUGCUGGCUGCUGUGAGCUGGUUGGGGGGCUUGGGUAACUCUGUAAUCCAGUCCACGUUUACUCUGCAGCUCCCAUUCUGUGGACACCAGAGGGUAGACAACUUCCUGUGUGAGGUGCCUGCCAUGAUCAAGCUGGCCUGUGGAGACACAAGUCUCAAUGAGGCCGUGCUCAAUGGUGUCUGCACCUUCUUCACUGCAGUCCCACUGAGUAUCAUCCUGAUCUCCUACUGCUUCAUUGCUCAGGCYGUGCUGAAAAUCCGCUCUGUGGAGGGGCGGCGAAAGGCCUUCAACACUUGCCUCUCCCAUUUAGUAGUGGUGUUCCUCUUCUAUGGCUCAGCCAUCUAUGGGUAUCUGCUUCCGGCUAAGAGCAGCAACCAGGACCAGGGCAAAUUCAUCUCCCUCUUCUACUCUGUGGUCACACCCAUGGUGAAUCCUCUCAUUUAUACUCUAAGGAAUAAGGAAGUGAAGGGAUCCCUGAGAAGGCUGCUUCGAAGGAUCUGGAGGCUUCAAGAAGGUGGAGGUGGCUUUGUUACAAAUCCUCAUCCUCUCGUUUUCUUGGUGCCCCUCUUGAGGACAUAGAAUUUUCUUCUACAUUUGUAAGGUCUAGGCUCAGGUGUUCUUUCCUGGUUGGGAGGGGUGGAGAACAGCCAUUCCUAGUAUUCACUAUCURUGGAAAGAAUGAAUUAGGACUUGGGGAAAGAGUGUUUCAGGCAGGAAAAACUUGGUGGGUGAAGACGUUAAUCUUUUUCUAGACCAGGGAUUCUCUACCAGGGGCGAUUUUGCCCCACAGAGGAUAUUCCCAGACAUUGCCAAUGUCUGGAGAUAAUUUUAGUCAUCACUGGGAUGGUGCUACUGGCAUCUAGUGGGCGGUGGUCAGGGAUGUAACCAAAUAUCUUUCAAAACAGGUUGCCCACCUACCCCAACCUAAGGUCUAUCUUACCCCAAAUAUCAGUCGUGCUGUUUUAKAUGCCCUGCCUUAAAAUGAUAGUAGUGGAAAUGGAAGGGGUACAGAUGUCAGAGACAUCUCAAGCAAAGACCAAUUUUGCCUCUGCAUUAGCUUUUCAUCACUGUGACAAAUAACAGAAAAACAACUUUGAGGAGAAAACAUUUGUUUUCAGCUAAGAAUUUUCAUUCUAUAGUCAUCCAACUCCAUUGCUGUGGCCUGAAGUAAGGUAGAAAAUAAUUGGCUGCAGGAUGUGGUGGAGGAAAACUUCUCAGCUCAUGUUAGCUAGAGAUACAGAGAGGAAGAGGCCAGGGACAGAUACAGUCCAUAAGGGCACAUCUUCAAGAUUCACUCCUUUAAUUAUGUCCCCCUUUCACCACCUCCCAGUAGUCUAUUCAGUUAUCAAUGGAUUAAUUCAUUSAUGAGGUCAGAGCCUUUAUGAAU